AUGAUACCUUGCUAUGAUGAUGUUCGUCAUAUAACGGAAGAAUGCUUAGCACCUUUUCACUGGAAUCGGAGGAAACAGCGUCAUCAUGAAUGUUCCAGUAAAGCCAAUCGACAGCUGGUCAAAAGGAAUUCGCCGUCAUCUUCUUGUGGAACCGACCUUCGAAUCUCUUCACGCAACACUUUCACUCGAAAUGGAAAAUAUGAUAUGGCAAAAGGACUCCAUUCCUUGAAAUUCACAUCUGCCCUGUGGCCCAAGGGCACUCGUGGCAAUGUGGCCGAGUGUUUAACGUGUCAAGCUCCCAUUCUGCACUGUCACGGUUCGACUCCCACCGGGGGUGUUGAUAAUACCGAUGCGAGGUCGAAACUGCAGUCCACUGGUGCCUGGAUCAGAGCAACUUUUGGGUAA